CUUGCAACGAAGUGAUCGUAGGCCUAUCAGACUUCGAUUAAAAUUUUAGUUUAGGGGCCUAAUAUGCCAAGAGACAAACCGUGUGGCUCAUUUAGCUGAUAUCGUAAAUACAUAAUUCAAGGAUAUGGGAGUUUUCCUGAUGUUGGACACACGCUGGAGAUAUAAUCUAAGCCCUCAUAGCAAACCUGACUAUAAUUGGAGUGACCUUAGGCUAUCCUACUUUACUCAAUCCUCCAUCAGUUCAAUGACUAAACUAUAUUCUGAUCUAAACUAUAUCCACAUCUUAUACAAUAAUCAGUUUCAGAUCUUAUGUAGUCAGUUAUAUCAGCUCUCUAUAGGAAUCUUUUUCAUUGAUGUAGAAUUGUUAGAAAAUAUUGGACUCUCUGAAACUUUUCUUAGAUUUCGUAAAAAGUUAGUUUUACCAUGUCUAUUGAUAUUUGUGAGUCUGCUUUACAAAAUGAGAAGCUGCCUCCUUUUGGCUGCAGCACUAGUCUGUCUGUUGAUGGGCAUCUUUCCAACUCUGUCAAUAGGGAAGGCAAGGAGUCUGAGGCAUUAAGUGCCACAGAGUCUCAUCAUCUGUUGCAGAAGUGUGAAACGCAAGAGAAUGAAUCAGAAAUUGACCCAGAUACAUUUUACAGUUGGCUCCGUCCACCGUUUGAUGGCAUGGCUAUUGGUAAAAAGUCCAAAAACAACAGCGAAACCAGCAUUAGCUCUAGCAGCAGCUCUUCCUUACCUGUUCCCACCCCGCCUGAUGGAGGCUGGGGUUGGCUUGUUGUUCUUGGUGCGUUCUCCGUCAGUCUGAUAUGUGAUGGCUUGUCCUACUGCUUUGGUGUUUUGUAUGCAGAGCUGUUGGAGCAGUUUGGCGAGAGUCGCAGUAAGACCUCUCUGGUUGGUAGCAUUUUCUUUGGUGUGGCCAUGAUCCUGGGCCCUUUCUCUAGCGCCCUGACUACAAGAUUUGGCAGUCGAACAAUGACCAUCACUGGAGGGCUGUUGGCUUGCUUUGGUAUGAUUCUCAGCCAUUUUGCAACUUCAAUAGAGAUGCUUUGUUUUACUUUCAGUGUUAUUGUUGGAACUGGCUUCUCGUUUUGCUACAUUUCAAGUGUAGUCAUUGUUUCGUUUUACUUUGACAAGAGGAGAUCACUUGCAACAGGUUUAGCUGUAUGUGGUACUGGCGUAGGGACUGUCACUUUUGCUCCUCUUAUGGACUAUCUCAUUACUGAGUAUGGGAUGAGAGGUCUGUUUCUGAUUAUGGCUGGGAUCAGUUUAAAUUUAGUAGUUUGCGGCAUGCUGUUUAGACCCUUGCAGUUUACAGAAAGUGAAAGGUGGGAGAUGCUUCUAGAAGAAUUUAACAAAAUUCCUUACAGUAGAGAAGAUAUUGAGCUAGGCAGAAGUCGGUAUCCAAGUGAAUCUAGCACCCACGGGUCUGAUGAGGACGAAGAAGAGGAUGUUGAAGCGCGGACCUUGUCUGUACUGAGCUUACCUACUUUUGUAUCUGCCAAACUGAUGGACAUUCCUUCAGACAUUCUGAUGGAGGCGCUGAAGACAAGCAGAAACCCCCACCUGACCCUACAGAGAUACAUGAAGAAUGCCAUGCUUCACAUCAAUGAUGUUAACGAACAGAAGGCCUUGUUACAAGAUCAGGGGGAUGGAGACUACAACAAUUCUAACUCACUUAAAGGCAAUGAUGAGGUGAAGAUUGAGGAAGCCAUAGAAAGCCUGCCUUCCUCCUUGAUAGACGAUACCAUUCUAAAGCUGGCCCAGUCAUCAAGUGUCUUAUUCAAGAGUCACCCCAUUAACGGUGAAGAUGGUAAACUCAAUGAUAAACAGAGCAAAGCUAACCAUGUCAAGUCACCAGGAGCACAGAUAUUUAUAGAAAUUGAACCUUUUGGAAAAGAAACACACCCAAUGAUUAAAGACCCAGCGGGGGGAAAAGUUGAAGCUAAAGUUAAAGAUGACACCAAAUCCAAACCUAAGCGCCAAGGGUCAAUUCCUCAUGACGACUCUAAACCCAAACCUGUGGAUACAAAACAAAAGAUGGGCCCACACAGAAGAGAGUUUUCAGGCAUGAGCAGCAUGCUGACAGACAAAGGCUGCGUCAAAGAAGGCGUGACUGUAGUCAAAAGAGUAGGGGGUGUGCACAUAGGUCGUCACAAUGCCCUGGGUAUUCAUCUCCCUUUGUAUAGGACUGAUAUCUUCUACAGGCGGCUGUUGAAGAACAAUAGCCUCCACAAAAACUGCACCCUUGCUACUAGCUGCCCUGAGCUUUCUGAAGCUGUUGUUGUUGAGGCGGAGAGAAACUUCUUAUGCAAAAUGUUUAUCAAUUUUUUCGAGGAAUCUAUGGAUAUUUUGAAGAGUAUGGUUGAAUUUCAACUUUUCUGCAAUCCAUUCUUUAUUGUAUUUGUUCUCUCCAAUUUUAUCUACUAUUUCUGGAGUGAUGUCCCAUACAUGUAUGCAGCAGACCAUGCAAUGGACAACAAAGUUGACGCUCGUAAUGCAUCAUUUCUUUUAUCAAUUAUUGGCAUCUUCAACACCAUAGGUCAGGUUGUGUUUGGAAUAGUUGGGGACUUGAAUAUCAAUCUGCAGAAUGUCUAUGCUAUUGUCUCCUCACUAGCUGGUCUGUUUGUGGCAAUCAUCCCUUUCAUGACUACCUAUGUCAACAUGUGUAUUGGCUACAGUUUGUUUGGGUUUUGUAUCAGCGUUAGCUUCCCUCUCACUACAGUUUUACUCAUUAGGUUCCUGGGGGUCUCUAAACUGACUAAUGCCUAUGGGCUGCUCAUGCUUAUGCAAGGUAUUGCUAACUUCCUGGGGCCUCCAUUUGCAGGUUGGGUGUCUGAUAGAACAGGAAAUUACAACUCCACAUUCUACAUGAGUGGAUUCUUCUAUGCUGUAUCUGGUCUUGUCCUGUUUCUCACUUACAUCCCCAAAUGCCAGCAGGCUAGAUCUAGAAGGCAUUCACUAGAUCUCUCCAUGGAGAUUAAAGUGGAUGAACCAGUUGUCAAAAACGAGAAAGUGCUUGUCACUUUCAGCUCAUUGAAAGAUGCACAGAAUGCAGAGUAUGUGUAGACAGGGACACAGGAUGUACUAGGAGUGAGGUGGAUGUAUGAUGAAUAGAAGAGACUGCUUGUCAAGAUGGAAAGUUUGCAACCUUAAUGUAAUCACUUGUUGACUUGUUUCAUUUGUUGUCACAGUUGUUUGUUAUUGGCCUCAGCCUGUGAUCUUUGUUGUACAUGAUUAUCAAGGUUGGGGCCCACAGGGCAAUUUCAUCAACACAACUAAGGACAUUUUAAUACUGCUAAAACUGUUGGAUGCAUUGGUUUCAAUAUGUGUAAACAAUUUAAUCAGCCUCAUCAUACUGUAACGUGGUUGUGGCCAUUUGUACAGCAACCGCCAACCUUCUCUUUAAAGAUGCACCAUUGUCUGGAAUUGUUUGGGAGGUUGCAAUAGGACUGCACCACCCAUACUAGUUUAACCAACUGGGAUGAGUGCGGAACACAAGAUCUAAAUCUUUAAACAUUUUUUUAAACCUUUGUUUAUAAUGAAUGUUUUCAUCAAAAUGUUGAUUCAGCAUUUUUACUGUAAUUCUAUUAAAACUGUUAACAAAAAUUUGUGAUAUCUUUACUGUUAAGAAAUUGUAAAUAUUUUACAUUGAAUGGUAUUGAAGCAAGUCUUUUUACCUAGCAUUGUUCAUUUAUUGUUUACUACCUAUUUCUGCCUGAUGAAGCAAGUUAUUUUCUACAAGUGAAUCUCAUCGUGUCAAGAGGACAUGGCUAAGGUUGCCAAGAGAAAUUUAUUUUACAUUGAGAAGUUUGCUUGAAAUUUUCAUUUAUUUAUAAAUAAUUAUUCAUAUUUGUUAUAAAUAUUUAUUCAUUAAUGUUUUGUCAUUUUAUGAUUUUUUUUUAACUCUUUUUUUUUCUUUCAUAAAUACCAUGCCAUAAAUAUUUUAUAAUACUAAUACUUAAACAUUUUUUAAUCAAUUUCUUAUGCAACUUAAUUCUAUUUUUUUAGAAUUGGGAAUUGACUCUGUCACUUUCUAUUAUAGUAAAAUCAAAUGUGCACGUCCAUUCUUACACCAGUGACCUAAUCAAAUGAUGUAGCAAACUAACUUUUAACACCCUUACAGUAGCGAAAUUACUGUGCUUUUUUUUUUGUCCAAUAUUGACUUUUGACAAACGUUAGUAUUUAUUGAUAAGUCAACAUUCCUUGCCCGAUCUUUCACUCUGGUGAUGUUUGUUGUUGGUGUGGAUUCUACUUUGUCACUUGUAGUUUUCAACUAUUUCCUAUCCUGGUCAGCAGUACUUUGCUGCAUUGGUCAGCCAUAGUUUGUUGCAUUGGUCAGCAGUACUUUGCUGCACUGGUCAGCUGUACUCUGCUGCACUGGUCAGUCAUAACCUGUCAGCUGCACUGUUCAGCCAUAACCUGCACCUGUCAGCUGCACUGGUCAGCCAUAACCUGCACCUGUCAGCUGCACUGGUCAGCCAUAACCUGCACCUGUCAGCUGCACUGGCAGUGUACCCUGGUCAGCUGUGGUCCCAAUGUUGACCUCCUGUUUAGUUGUAGAGAUGGUGUCCAGCAUCAGCUUGUGAACUUAUUUCUCUCUGUGAAUCUAUGCAUGAAGAGACAGAAGCAAUACAACAGCACACCCAUGCUUCCAUAGAACCUAUUUUUAUCACAAAUUUGUUAUGAUCAAGUUCCUUUGAUGUGGUACAUAAAUUCACUUGAGCCACCACAAAGGGAAACUUGAUAGUCUAGUUAUGUUUUAUUUGGCAGGAUCUAGUCAACAGUACCAACAUCUAGCCAUUCAUUCAUCAAUUUUUACCUAGCCAGGGUGCUAUUCUCAUGCAAAUUAUUCAUCCCCAACACCGUUUUUACAAUUUUAAGUCACCAUAGCUUACAUCAUCAAAAUGUACUUGUUACAAGUUUACUACAUCAACUAGUCUAGCAACUGUUGAACAGGACAUUUGUUAAGGGUUGGGCCUUCAGCUGUUGAGCAAAUGGUUUUUCUGUCAUCAGCUGGUAGCUUGCACAAGCAUUUCAAUUUGCACACUUUUUCCCCCAAAUUCUUACUACUAUACUCUUUUAUUCAGAUCAAUCUAGGGUUCAAUAAAAUAAAAAUAUUUCCUUGGA